AUGUCUAUAAAUCUCUUGUUGGUUUUCUCUUUUCUUUUAUUCGCUUAUUCAUUCUUUUAUUCUUUUAUUCGCUUAUUCAUUCUUUUAUUCUUUUAUUCGCUUAUUCAUUCUUUGUCAAUGUACACACAUUUAUUUAUUUUUCUCAACUUGAUAUGUUCUCUUCUUUUUUUAAAUCUUUUUCGUUUUAAUCUUUCAUUUUUCUUUUCAUUUUAUUUUUUAUCUUUAUUUUUUCACGUCUUUCUUUUUCUUCUCUUGUUUUCCUUUCUUGUUCUACUUUCUUUUACUAUUAAACCGUCUCUUGUAGAGCGAAAGUCUUUUCUUUCCGUAGUCAAUGACAAUCACUUUGACACAAAGCCGAAUUCAAUUGGCUUUCUCUUUCUUGUUCUUUUUCUGUCCAUUUUUUCUUUCUUUUGUGUUUAUUCCUUUCCUUUUUUUUUUUUUUUUUCGUUUUUAUUUUCCUCUUUCUUUUCCUUUUUCUUGCUUACUUAUUCCUUGUUAGCGUUUUUUUGCUUACCUUUUUUCUUUUUUUUUUUUUUUUUUUACUUUAGUUACAUUUUAAUUUAUUGCCAUUUUUUCUUUCACCUCAUUUUUGUCGGACGCUCUUAA